CGUUUUAUUAUUUUUGGGGAAGUAAGACACCUCCUGAUACCCGCGUUUUAGUUUGUAAACGUUCAGUAAAUAAACCACAGCCCGUUGGGUGCUUUCAAACUGGAUUCUCGUCUCCUGUCUGUCUCUCCUGGGACAGUGCAAAACGCCACAAUAUAUUAAUAGGCAGAAUCCAUGACAUAAUUAAUUAUUGUGAAAAUGACUUUUCUUUGGGUCAUGAUUUGGUUAUUUAGUUAAGCCAUUAUGUUCUAAAGUCAACUAGAUUUUUUAAAAUUACUUACAAAAAAAAAAGAAAAAAAAAAAGGAUUUUUUAAAAUUACUACAUCAAAACUACACUUCCCAUGAAUGUUUGCGGCACUUUACGGCAGAGCUGACGUCACACGCUGUUACAUGUGGAUAAGCGAUCUGUAGCAUAACAUUUGAAUUUCGUGAACUAUGUUGUUUUAGUUGUAGACAUUUAAUUAAUUGUUUAAAAAAAGGCUGUGGAAGCUAAGCUGCCACAGUUCAGUCAUAUGAAACGACAUAAGCCCGCAAUUAUUUAGAAAAAACAGCUGCAGCUAUCUGAACUUGCUAGCCAGAUCGCUACUUGCUAGCACAAGAAACGAAAGUGAAGGCUAAACAUCAUGGAGAACUACAGAAAAGCACGCACAGUUGAGCAGCCCUGCCCGUGUCCGUUCCCCAACCUGCCCAGCAACACUCCUGAAGUUCGAGUGAAGGAUGGCAGCAAAGUCCGCAACCUGAUGAGGUUUGCUUUAAGCCGUAUGGAGGAGAAAGCACCUUCAGCAGAUAAUCCAGGCACCAAUGAAGGGUCAGAGGUGAGCGUUGGGUCGGGGGAGAAUCUGAGCCGCCAAAUCGUGUUCACAGGUGUGGGUCAGAGCGUAGCUAAAGCCAUCACGUGCGUGGAGAUCCUGAAACGUCGUGUUCACGGACUACAUCAGCAUACCAAGCUGGCUUACCGCACAGUUCAGGAGGUCUGGGAGCCCCUGGAGCCUGAGGCUGGGUUGGACAGUCUCACAGUCAGCAGAAAUGUACCUAGUGUAUGGGUUCUGCUCUCCAAAGACUCACUUGAUAGUAACCAGCCGGGCUACCAAGCGCCAGGUUCAUUUGAUGCCUUUUGGGCUCAGGCUCUCAAAGAGGAAGCGGCAACCCUGAGACAUGAACAGAGAAGAAAGAGGGGAGGAACAGGGACUGGAAGGGCAGAAGGGGCUGGCAGAGGAAAGGGUCCACGCAAGCAACUGGGCCGACCUGGAGGAACACGUAAACCUUUAGGUCAUGCAGGGGGUGGUCAGUAAUGAAUGGAUGUUGCAACUUCCUGCUACAGCCGUAGCUUGGCUUAUAUUGACAGACACAUUUUGAUGGGGAAUAUUCAGUGCCAUAUCUAAUAAGCAGAUUCUUGAGAAUGUCUGUCAUAAAAUAGUUGUUCUGCGCCUGAACAGUUCACCUAAAAUAAAAAUUAUUGUUAUGAAAAAAUCAUUAUUAAUUCACCCUCAUGCCAUUAAAACUUAUUUGUUGUAUUUUUUUUUUUCUUGUGGACACAAAAGAUGAAUUUUUGAAGGGUUUUUAUGCAGCUCUUUAUAUACAACAAUAUUCAGUUGUGAUCAUGUUUGUCAAGCUCCGUGUGCACUAUAAUCCCAGUCUUUUUAAGCCAUACAGAAGUUUUCGAUUAACAGUGACUUUAAUUUUAAUCUCUGUCGGAUUCAGAAGACUUGGAAUAUAACACAUACGUUUGGAUUAAAGAAUGGACCACUUUUAUAAUGUAUUUUGGAGCUUGUCAGAUUUGAGGGUGUGUAAAUCGUGACCAUUUUUUCCAUUUUUUUUUUUUUGGGUUAACUAUUCCUUUAAAUACAUUAGACAGAAAGGGCUAAAGCAAAAUUUUCAGAUUGAAGUAUUGUGCCAAAGAGACUAGAAUGAAGUAUUCUCCUUUUUUAUACAUUAGCAUGCUUUCCGUUAAAAUACCUUAUUGUAAAAACAAUUAUUCUGUAGGUUUCUUUAGAGUUUACAUUUGUUGACUAUUUCCUUUUUCUCCAGCAUAUAUGGUAUAAUUUGUUUUAAAAAUGAAAAAAUGUUAGAAAUGUAUAGAUUGAUCCAGAUUGGCCAUCAUACAUUUAAAUGGGCAAAAUUAUUAUUAUUUUUUUUUUUUGCAAUUUAGAGGAGUUCUUUAGGAAGCAAUUCAAUCCAUGUUGAAGUAAACAAACACCAUUCAUUUGAUCUUUGUUUUAUAUUAUUGCAGAUUUGAUUAACAGAUGAAGUACCAGGCAAAGUUUUUCAUAUCAGAAGAAUGAAAAUAGGCCUAUGUCAUCUUUUGCUACUAACAUCUUCAUUAUUUUAUGCAAAGGAAAGGAAAUUGUGUAUUUUGAAUACCAAAUAUGUCAGAAAAUACACAAAUUUGGGACUGACCAAAUGCCAAUGUUUUUUUAGUGGCACAGGUCAGAAAGUCUGAAGGCAUAGACGUUGUAUUGGGAACUGUUUAUAUAAUAAUAUAUAUAUAUAUAUAUAUAUAUAUAUAUAUAUAUAUAUAUAUAUAUAUAUAUAAAUAUAUAUAUAUAUAGUUCAAAUGGAAAACAUGUUAUUUGUAUAGAUUUGGGCCUAUUUCAUAAUGUUUUCCCAGCGUAGACUGUUUGCUGGAGUAAAUGUUAUGUAUUCUUUAGGAAAUUUCUAUUUUGUGAAAUCCAGAAAAGAAAAGUUCAAACAGUAGAAUUGAAAGUUGUGAUGUGUGGAUACAAAUAAUGGUCAGCUCUGUGGCAGAUAAAAAUGUAACAUGGAAAAUGUACUGUUUUGGAACUGAAUUAUUUUGAGUGAAUAAAGUGUGGAUUCUUCUGAA